AUGGCUGAACAGACUCUGGGUUUACGGCCACUGAAGGCGAGGAUUGAAUUCGUCAGAAACGGUAACAAUUCCGGGUCUAUAUCAUUCAACACUUUACUAAUUACUGGCUCCCAAUCUUCUUCUGCAAAUUCUUCAUCAGAUUUAGACAGAGAGGGUCCACAGGGUCAACAAAGUACCACAUUUGGGAGCCUCAUAGGUGUUUAUAGUAUUUUAGAGCUAUCUAGAAGAUCACUAAGAGGAGCUAAAACAGAAGUCUUUGAGAGCAAGAAGGGGAAGAAAUUCAAUUUGAGCUCAUGGUUAUUCAGUCUGUGCUCAACGAGUAGAAAAUCUAAAGCUGAGAACAACAAAAAUAAUCCUCUAUCCCUCAUUCCCUUGGUCAAAUUUCUUGCUGUAGAGAUAAGAGCUGCAAAUGAAAAUAGAAGGAGCUAG